UCCCUCAACCUCAACACGCUCGCCAACUCACUUCCCAACGCCGACUUGGCCAAGGCCGAGGCGGACUUAGUUAACAAUUUCAAAGCGGCCGCGCUCAGUAUAACGACUUUGUAUCGCUCUUCAAGGACGACUUCUAAGCGGGCGUAUAAUGCUGGAUAUGCUGCUGCUUGCCAGGAUCUGCUACAGAUGAUUCAGCAAGGCGUGUCGGACUCGGAAACUGAGGGUGGGAGUGGCAUGCCUACAAUUGAGCGAGUCUUGGAUUGGGUGGAAGCUCGGUACGAGGCUGUC